CACCAUAGGACUUCAUUGUUGUGAAAGCUGAGUUCAACAAAUAUCACUUGCUGUGUCAUAGCACAUGGAUUUCAGGACCGCCUGCGAAGAGACAAAGACAGGGAUUUGUUUGCUGCAGGAUGGUAACCAGGAGCCUUUCAAAGUGCGACUGCACUUAGCCAAAGAUAUAUUGAUGAUCCAGGAGCAGGAUGUGAUCUGUGUGUCUGGUGAGCCUUUCUAUUCUGGUGAAAGGACAGUCACAAUUAGAAGACAAACUGUAGGAGGAUUUGGAUUAAGUAUAAAGGGUGGAGCAGAACAUAAUAUUCCAGUGGUCAUUUCUAAGAUUUCCAAAGAACAACGAGCUGAACUUUCAGGUUUGCUCUUUAUAGGAGAUGCAAUUCUGCAGAUUAAUGGAAUUAAUGUGAGAAAAUGCAGGCAUGAAGAAGUGGUUCAGGUCCUUCGCAAUGCGGGGGAAGAAGUGACCCUAACUGUGUCCUUUUUGAAAAGAGCACCUGCUUUUCUCAAACUGCCAUUGAAUGAAGAUUGUGCAUGCGCCCCCAGUGACCAGAGCAGUGGCACUUCCUCUCCCCUGUGUGACAGUGGUUUGCAUCUCAACUACCAUCCCAACAACACGGAUACAUUAUCAUGUUCCUCAUGGCCAACAUCCCCAGGACUUAGAUGGGAAAAAAGGUGGUGUGAUCUCCGAUUAAUUCCACUUCUUCAUUCACGAUUUUCCCAGUACCUUCCAGGAUCAGAUUUGUGCAGGCAAAAUGCGUUCCAAGUAAUUGCUGUGGAUGGGGUUUGCAGUGGAAUAAUUCAAUGUCUCUCUGCUGAAGACUGUAUUGACUGGCUACAAGCAAUAGCAAGUAACAUUUCCAACCUCACAAAGCACAAUAUUAAAAAAAUCAACAGGAAUUUCCCCGUAAACCAGCAGAUAGUCUACAUGGGCUGGACGGAAGAACGGGAACAAGACUCCCUUCAGGAUCGAAUGUAUACACCAAAGUUUUUAGCACUGAGGGGAUCUUCUCUGUAUAAAUUUAUGGCACCUCCAGUCACAACCUGGGAUUGGACACGAGCUGAGAAAACAUUUUCAGUCUAUGAGAUAAUGUGCAAAAUUUUCAAGGACAGUGAUCUACUGGACCGGCGGAAACAUUGUUUUGGUGUCCAAUCUGAAUCUGGAGAAGAUCUUUACUUUUCCGUGGAAUUAGAGUCUGACCUAGCACUAUGGGAAAAAGCAUUCCAGACAGCAACUUUUUUAGAAGUUGAACGGAUACAGUGCAAGACAUAUGCCUGCGUUUUGGAGAGCCAUCUCAUGGGGCUUACCAUUGACUUUAGCACAGGCUUUGUCUGUUUCGACGCUGCAACAAAGGCUGUACUUUGGAGGUACAAAUUUUCCCAGCUCAAAGGUUCUUCAGAUGAUGGGAAGAGCAAAAUCAAAUUCCUUUUCCAAAACCCAGAUAAUAAACAAAUUGAAGCAAAGGAGCUGGAGUUUUCCAACCUGUUUGCAGUCCUUCAUUGUAUCCAUUCGUUCUUUGCAGCCAAAGUGGCUUGUUUGGACCCUUUGUACGUAGGCAGUCAAGCAACAGCUUCUGCUGCUCCCACAACUUCUGGUACUGGCAAAUUAAAGUAUACAACUUGAUAUCUCACAUUACAGCACUGCCAUUUAUCAAAAAGACUUAAUGUAUAGAUAUUCAUAAGAUGUGAAACUGGUGAACCUGUACAUGGAAACCAAUUCUGGAGACAAGACAUCUUGCAGCGUCAGCAGAUAGAUGGUCACGUGGGAUCAUAAACUCAUUUCUGUUCUGCAAGACACCAGUAAAUAAUCCUCGCAGAAUCCCCAGAAUAGGAUGGAUAUGCUUUUAGUAUGAUCUAUUUGUACUUAUUUAGUGCUUUAACCAACACUGGAAGCAAAGGAAUAAAUGAUGCAAUGAGGCAUUUCGGUAUUUAAUAAAAUUUUCAAAUUGCUGUAAUAACACACAAAAAGAAUUGUCAUUUUCCUGUUUUCAAAUGUUUUUAUGACAAUAUGCUAAACUCUGAGUAUGAACCUAGUACCCAAUGAUUAUAUUAUAAAUGACAUAAGAGAAAGCGACAAGCAUUUAGUACAUAAUGAUGAGGAGAUGAGCAU